AUGUUUGGCAAGAAGGAGUUGUCGACGGUUCAGGAGUCGGAGUCUGAGCACGCGCCGCCAAGACUGUUGCGGACCAAGAAGUCCAAGUUGUUGGCCAGAUUUAAGGACGUUGACGGAGACGAGGAACAAUGGGAACAGAUUGAGCCGGUUGAUUUCAAGCAACGGCUGAGCGAACGCAAAGAGCACAGAGACACGUUUGUUUCGCGGUCUCAAAGCACCCAGUCGAUAUCGUCCGGGUUCAGCAGUGUUUCUGCCGAGAGUUCGCAGUUUGUCGAGUCCGACACCGAACACAGCGACUAUGCAGACGAUUUUGACGAUCUAGAGCCUGAUUUGAACCUUGCGCAGAAACUGGAACUUAGACGACAGCAGGCCGAAAAGCUGGCUGAGCUGACCAGACGCACCUCAAGGCUGUAUCUUGACGAGGCUGACGAGCCAGACAAUGGCACUUUCCACCGAUUGAAGGUGGUGAGUCCGAAGAAACUGCGGGCCAAAUCGUCGAUGCCCGUUUUGGCCGGCAACACUGGCCGCAAAUCGAUCCGCAAAUCGUCCUCCAGCAUGGACAUUCCGAAAUCUGGGUUUUCGCGCUCGCUCCAUCGCACCAUGUCGUCCAUGAACAUUGUCCCACAGCCGCGGACACUGCGAUACUCGUCUGACUUGGACGAUAUUGACGCAUUCCCUGAGGACCUCACAAUUACGCUUUCCGACUACAAGAAACUCAAACGCAAGAGCCGAGCGUUGGACCUUUCGAUGUACGCAGAACAGGAUACCCGGCCGCGACGGCCACAGUAUGCGGACCCGACAGUGACCAACAGCACGAGACUCACCAAGGAGGGGAAACUCAAGAUGAUCAGGUCUAUGGGUCGCAACAGGGGCCAGCACACGAUGGGUGGGAUGGUUUACGACCCUGAGAAGAUGAAGUGGCGCGGCAAUGAGCAGGAUCUCAGUCUGUUUGAGAUGUCUACGUCGACCAGACCGAGCUCGAUGAAAUCGUCGUUGCAACGCAGCAAGAGCAGCAAGAACCUCCAAGUUGUUGGAAACAUGGUUUACGAUACCGACCAGCUGCGGUGGGUGAGCAUGACUGGCAAGUAUGAGGACGAUCCGUUUGAUAAUUUCGAUGAUACUAUCACCGAGAUGCCCAAGCGAGGCAAACCGGCCAGAGCUGCUCCCAAGAGCACCCAUGCAGAGCAUUUCCAGAUUUCCGACGGCAUGUACAAGGCGUGGAAAGUGGAGAAUGAGCGGUGGGGCCGCAAGGUUGGGAGCUGGUUCCCAGCGGACAAUGAAGGGUUUGCGUACUGCUACGAGCUGAAGACGAUUUUGAACGAGAAUUAA